GUAGAAUUAGUGAGGAAGAGAGAGCUACCUGAGAUAGAUCUUGUACUUGUUUUUCUUUACUCUCUUUGGAGAAUGGACAAAAAGUUUGUUGCGCACCCCAAAGUCCCUACAAUGCCAAGGGAGAUGCCAAAGUUGCCUCUGCCAUGAAGCCAAGCUCUUCGACGCCAAUGAUGAUGAUGAUGAAGAACUUAGCUGCCUAGAAGAUCCUAGUCCCUACAACGCCAAGGGAGAUGCUUUGAUCGGCAUGAUGCCUCGGCUUCUUGAUGGGUUUGACGAGGUUGUGGUUGGCAGUGUUUCGGAGCCAGAGGCAUCUAGAAAGUGUGUUGUAGGGAAGGGUGGCCCUGGGGAUGUGGCGGUUGCUAGGGACAAGGGGGUGAUUGGAGGUGAUGUUGUGGACACAAACAAGGGCGAAGGGGCGGAUUGCUUGGAUGGGAACCAAAGCACUUAGGUUUUUGAGUUUUAUCAAAAUCAAUUACAGAUUUUGUAGAUUUGGGAAAGGGGCGAAACACCUAGGUCUACCUGGGGAAGGAAGCUCGGGAUUAAGGGAGAAAAAAUUGGGAAUUUGUGGAAGGAAGUGAAAAUUUCUACUGUCGGCUGAAUGGGUCUUUGAGUUUUAUCAAAAUCAAAUACAAAUUGUGGAGAUUUGGGAGAGGGAAGCUAGGGAUUUCGGGAGGGAAAUUUGGGAAUUUGUGGAGGGAAGUGAAAAUUUCUAUUGCCGGUUGAAUGGGUCUUUGAGUUUUAUCAAAAUCAAAUACAAAUUGUGGAGACUUGGGAGAGGGAAGCUAAGGAUUUCGAGAGGGAGAUUUGGGAAUACAGGGAGGGAAGUGAA